AUGGCUAAGAAGAACAAACAAAAGAAUAAAAACUCAGCUGCAGCCAAAGUCGCUCAAGAGGACGCAAGUAAAAUAGAAGAAAGUAGUUCCACCGAAGAUAAUAACGAAGAUGCCACCACCGUUGUAAAUGGUAUUACCGAAGACGAAGAUGAAGAUGAACAAGUAAGUGACAAGAAACAUGAAGAUGAUACCAUAAUUAAUUUACGAAAAGAAUUAUCCCAUCUAAGGUUAGCUUUACAAGAAGAAAAGGAAAGCUCCCAAUCUUUACGUAAACAGCUUGAGGAUAAAAUACCGUCAGAAUCGAACGAAGAAUCUCAAGAUGCAGAAGAUUCUCCUAAAUUACAAGAGGUUAUAGAAGAAAGGGAUAAAAUACAAGCUUCAUAUGAUGCUUUGUUGAGUAGAAUUUCCUCGAUGAAGUCGGUUUUCAGUAAAAUGAAAGAAUCAGAGAAUGAAGUUGAACAAUUGAGAGAAGAAACCACUGAAUUGAAUGAAAAACUCAGUGAUAAGUUGAAGGAGAUAGAAGACUUGAAGAGUUCUAAGAAGCAAUUGAAUGAUGAGAACAAGUUACUCAAAGAUCAAAUUGAUGACUUGAAUAAUGAAUGUGAGAGAUUGACCCAAUCAGUUUCUUCAGUCAGGAAAGAAUUCAACGAACGUGAAAUUUCUAUCAAAGACGAAAAUUACGAAUUAGAAGAUAAAAUCAGUAAAUUGACCAGGCAAAUUAAUGACUAUAAAUCUCAAAUCAAUGAAUUUAAGAUUUCUGAAGAUGAAAAAUCCGUUGAAGUUAAUAAUCUCAAUUCAAUCAUCAAUGAAUCAAAACAAUCAAUCGAUUCGAAGACCAAAGAGAUCUCACAAUUGAAAACCCAGUUAGAGUCUUCAAGCUCAGAAAAGUUGAAACUCAACGAUAUCAUUGCCGAAUUGAAAUCCAAGCACAAUAAUGAGAUUACUCAGUUAAAUCACCAAAUCGAGGAACAUUCAUCUGAAAUUUCCAAUUUAAAAUCCACAAUUGAAUCACAAUCAAAUACUAUUGACAGUCUUAAAGAGACAAACUCCAAAAUACAAACUUUGGAGAAAGAGAUUGAAACAAAGCAGAUACUUCUAGGAAAAGCUCGUCAUGAAGCUAUUAUCUUGAAUGAGCAUUUAUCAAAAGCCUUAGGAAUGUUAAAACAACAACUGUCAAGCGCCGAUAACACUAUAGAUAAAGAAUUGAUAUCCAACGUUCUAAUCAAUUUCUUACAAAUCCCAAGAGGUGAUACUAAAAAGUUCGAAGCUUUACAAUUGAUAAGUUCAUUAUUAGAGUGGGACGAUACCAAAAAGAUUGCCAGUGGAUUAACAAAUCAGGGCCAAAAUGAUAAACCAAAGGAAAGAGAAAGUUUUGUUUCAUUGUGGACAGACUUUUUGGAAAGAGAAUCCAAUAAAAAAUAG